AUGGUCCGGGUUGAAGGCAUACUUGACGGCGAGAUCACGGCCGAUACGUUCAUCCAGCUACGUCGGUGUCUGUGCAACGAUGGACUUCCGAUUGAACACCUUCAACGAUUCCAAGCAAGACGACAGUUACCCGGAGAACAGUGGCCAUCGUUCAUCCUCGAACUUCGUCAUUUGGCAGAGGACGCGUUCCCCGAAUUACCGGUGGCAGAUCGCGAGGGUCAAUCGUGCAUCGGCACGAGAGACGGUUUCUUGCAACGAAAAUUUCUAAAGCAACGCCCUACCUCCGUCGCGGAAGCCAUGGAAACUGCCCGCAGGGUGUCCCAGAUCAAAGCAAUGGUUCGGUAG